AUGUGCACCCAACUCCUCAUCUGGUGUUCCUGCCACCACGGCGAAUUCCUCCCCAUCAAUCGUUGUCCGCAGGGUCUCGCGUUGGGAGUCUGUUGGACGGUGGUGCAUGGGAGUGGAGACAUUGUCGUGCCGCAGAAGUGUUCGUAUUGUAUGGCGGGGUUGAAUGAGAGGGCGCCGUUGGGUGGGGUGCGACCAGUGGCAGGACUGGCGGUGAGGGUGGAAGGGAAGGGAAUGGCAGAGGGAAAGAGGAGGGACAGCAAAGUGGAUGGGGAGACGAACGGUGAUGCGGGAGGGAAGGAGUGGUGGGAUGUGGUGGAGGAUUUGGGUUGUGAGGUGGGAGAGGGUGGAAAGGGUGCGGGUUUGGGAGGUGGAGAUGGAGGCGAGCUGUGGCCGUAUUCUUGA